UUCUCUCUGAAGCUCAGUGCUGUAAAUUUUUUCCCGACCAUCAUUGAAAGCAAUAUGAUGCCACCAUUCAAAUUUAUGGCUGUCAUCUCGAACAGCUCUCUGGUCAGCUCUGGACCUCCUGCUGUCCAUCGGCUGAAAACGAGAACCAGCAGAUUUGAAGCUUGGACCAGAGUCACUAUUGGGGAGAAAAGGUGGAACAAACCCAAUAAGACCAUCCUUUUAGUAGGUGAGGCAGGAAAAGGAAACCCUUCUCUGAUCAACGCUCUACUGAACUUUAGCAUGGGAGUGGGAUUUGGGGAUGAAGUCUGGUUCCAGAUUGUAGAGGAGGAGGAAGAGCAAAGUCAGUCAGAGAGUCAGAACUCAGAUGUGGUCGUCUAUCAGAUCUUUGGGUUUGAAGAUCAAACUCUGCCGUUCUCUCUGACCAUCAUCGAUACUCCUGGAUAUGGAGACGACAGAGGGAUCCUACAUGAUGAUGAAGUCAGUCAGACGUUACUAAGCUUGUUUCAGUCAGAGGAUGGAGUUCCUGACCUUCAUGCAGUGGGUCUGGUGAUGAAGGUGACUGAUCAUCUAGUCAGUGAUCGACUGCAGUACAUCUUUAAUUCAGUGGUUUCUCUGUUUGGACCAGAAAACACCGUAGCUCUGAUCACACACUCUGAUGGAAUGCCUCCACACGAGGUCCUUAAAGCUCUAGAGAAGGCAAACAUUGAAUGUUCGAAGGAUAACAGUGGUGAGCCAAGUUAACUUUACGUUCAAUAACCAACAGAAGAUACAAAGAAUUCCAAAAAAUUGUUUUGGGUUGCAAACAGCAUGGAGAAUAGCGGAGACUGGUAGUCUUUCAUUCGCAAGGUUUCUGAGAACCACCCAGCCUAAAAAACUGACCUCUACAUUUGAAGUGUUGGUAGAAAGGGCCAGAUUGGCAGCCUGUGUCCACAACCUGCAAGACAGAAUCAGGUUCACCGAAUUAAAACGAAGAGAUAUUCGUCUUAUUUUGGAAGAGCUGAAGAAACACACAGAAGAAAGGAAAACUGAGCAGCUCACUGUUACAGUUCCUGAAGCCUUCAAAGACACAGAACCAAUCAGAGCAGGACCAUCUGCAGCCGUCUGCUGUGCUGUCUGUGAGGAGAACUGUCACUAUCCCGGAUGUAAAAUGGGCUUAAGUCCAAUACAGUGUGAAGUCAUGAAAGAUGGAAACUGUACUUCAUGCACCAACAAGUGUCCCGCAUCGUAUCAUGUCAAAGACAACCAGAAAUAUGUGAUCAGAACCAGAAAAGUCCAACUCUCUGAAAUAACAGUAGCACAAAAGCAAGAGCAGAAUCAGGGAACGAUUCAAAACUUGAUGAAACUUUCUGAAAAUCUUUCUAAACAAAUGGACCAACUGUUAGUUGAGAAAUUCCAGUUGCUGGACCAAGCCUACCAACACGUGGUCAGGCUGCAUCAGAUCAGAUCAGUUCACUCUGGAUCCACUCAUGUUCUACUGGACUUCCUAAUCAAGAAGAUGAAGGAGAAAGGAGACCAAGAAAAACUGAAGAAACUGGAGGAGAUGAGCAACAGGAUGGAUGACCGAACCAGAGCGGCGCUGAUGGAAAAGAGGAGAUGCAUCACAUCAGACCACGAGGAGCUCAUCUCAGACAGUUUCCCCAUCCAUCCAGGACCUCCUGCUGUCUACCAGCUGAGAGCAAAGAAAGAGAAGAUCGGAACGGUGACAAGAUUUAGUUUUGGUCAGAAAGAUGCAACAAAGCCAAAUAAAACAAUCUUACUUGUAGGUGAAACAGGAGCAGGAAAGUCGACCCUGAUCGAUGUUCUGCUGAACUACAGCAUGCAGGUGAAGUUUGAGGAUGAAGUCUGGUUUCAGAUCACUGGGCAGAAAGAGAGUCGCUCUGAAAGCCAAACGUCAGAUGUGAUCGUCUAUCAGAUCUACGAAGGUGACGCUCUGCCGUUCUCCCUGACCGUCAUUGAUACUCCGGGGUUUGGAAAUAGCAGAGGUAUCGAACAUGAUGUCACCAUAAGAAAGAGGUUAUUGGACCUGUUUCAGUCAAAGGAUGAAAUCCAUGAGCUUCAUGCUGUUGGUCUGGUGGUGAAGGCAAGUGAGAACCGACUAAGCGACCGUCUGACAUACAUCUAUGACUCGGUGAUGUCUCUCUUUGGAAAAGACUUGGAGAAAAAGAUUGUAGCUCUGAUCACACACUCAGAUGGAACAUCUCCUGAAAACGUCAUUCAGGUCCUGGAAGCUACAAACACCAAAUGUGCCAAAGAUGAGCAGAAGCAGCCGCUCCACUUCCUGCUGGAUUCUAAGCAAACCUCAGCGAGAGGCACAGCAGAGAGAGCAGCGGCUCUGAAAUAUUCCUGGGACUUAUCCUGCAAACACACCGACCGUCUGAUCCAGUUCCUAACAAGAGCCAAACCUCAGCCUCUGGCAAUGACCAACGAGGUUCUGAAUGAGCGGAUCAAACUGACAGCCAGCAUCCAGAACCUGCAGGACAGAAUCCAGCUGAUGGAGCAGAAACAGACAGAAAUCAGACAGACUAAGGAAGCCCUGAAGGGCCAUGAAGAAGAGAUGAGGAGGAACAUGGAGUUUACCAUAGAUGUAGAUGAGGUCUAUCAAGGUCAAUAUUAUUUUGAUGGUGGGAUGUGGGGGGUGUUUUUUUACAACGCAGCUGUCUCCUGUUUAUCGUGUGAGAGAACCUGUCACUAUCCGUGCACCAUGGCCUGGUCUCCUCACACCUGUGACGUCAUGAAAUACAGCCGCUGCAACGUUUGUAAUUGUAAUGUUUCAUCUCAUGUAAAGCAAGCGUGGAGAUAUGAGCGCAGAACCAGGAAAGUGCAGAAAACCCUGGAAGAUGUGAAGAGGAGAUAUGAAACCAGCAAAGCAGAAUUUAUGAAGAAGUCGAGUCUUUUAGAAAGUCUUGAGAAGGAGAGCAGAACGCUGUCAGCAGAGAAGUUCCAGCUGAUGGACGAAGCCUAUUUCCAUGUGGUCAGACUGGAGCAGAUCGCCCUGCAAGACGACUCCCUUUCAUCUCUGGUCCUCUUGGACUUCCUGACUGACCAGAUAAGGGAGAAGAGCGACGCACGGAAGGUCCAGAAACUGCUGGAGAUGAGCAGAAGAAUGAAGGGAAGCAGGAGAAGAUCUGGGCUGAAAUACAUGGCUGCUACUUUACCAGUUGGAGAAAAGAAGACGGAAACAUUUUGGGUUCAAUAAAAGGAGACAAAGAAUCUAAAGUUUUUACUGUCCCUGAACACCUCACAGCUUCGCUGUUCCUCCUGCUGGACACCACAGAUAUAAAGGUGAUCUAGUGACAGCAAUGUUUUUAACAGAGUUAGACGUCUAGCAUAUAGAAGAUCUCUGGGGAGGGGUUGACGUCUGGAAACAUGUUGCAGCGUUUAUUCUAUUUAAACUGAUUUAGUGUAUCUGAACUAAAAGAUAAAGGAUUUAUAUGAUUUUAUUUUUCAUUCUCAAUGUUUAAUCUUUUUUUUUUUACCCUAAUCAAUCAUUAAGACAGACAAUUUCUUUACUUAAUAACUUUAAACAUUGUUUUUUUUCUCCAAUCUGAUGCAGUUUUCUUCCAAUAAUAAAAUCUGAACUUUAUCAUUUGGGCCAGAAUGUCUUUGAUUGACUUCAUUAAACCAUUAUUUUAAGCAGGUGCAGAAACCUGAAGCCAGUCUUGGAUCUCCUUAUUCUGUUAUCAUCCAUUGUCUCCAGACAGACGUUUAACCCGGUAGAUUUAAUAUAAAUCAAGCAUCUCAUGCAGGGCUCCAAACUUUCUGCUCUGCUCGGUUCAUCUUAAAGGUGCAGACUGGAUCAACACAGCAGAGUGGAAAAGGUGCAACAGAGGCUGAGUUUAAAAGAUAUUGAUAAAGCAGGAGCAUAUUUAUAAUAACAGCCUGAAUAAAAGGGGGGAAAACAUUUAUACAUUACAAUUUAUUUAGAUUUAGAUGGUUUUAUCUACUCAGUGGAGCAGUGGGUAGCACUGCAGCCUUGGAGCAAGAAGGUUCCAGGUUCAAUUCCCAGCUCGAAUCUUUUUGCAUGGA